GCGUGUCAUCGAUCUUCACGUGGGCAACCAACAGAGAACAACAGUCCUCUACCCGACAGCCGAAAAGCAUGGACUUACUGUCCAACGUGCAAUCCGACCCGACUUCGUUAACUAACCAAUGCUGGGGACUAUGACGAAAGACCAAGAGCAUAAACCAGGUUGGGAUUACUAUCUGGAAGACGUAUGGUGGCCAAGGAUCCGACAACCGCAGAGGAGAAGAGGAUCCGGAGAGGAGACCGAAAAUGAUUUCUGCAGAACGGUACCCGCCGAAUACUACUCCAGACACCAGAUGCUUCGAACAGAAGCUCCAAGUUACAUAAUGUCACCAUCGUUUCAAAAUCAGAAAGGUGCUCCAGUGUAUGCAUAUCGUCCAGGUUCAACAAUGCCACAAGCUCAAAAAUCAUGGCCAAGCCGUGCCCAUGAUGGAUCAAUGGAACAAAAACAAGCAUCAAAUCAGCAGGAUCCCAACAAUAACCCAGACAAUGAUGGGUUUUCAAGAUAAUUUUUUUUUCGUCUUUUAAGAAUCUUAAUAUGUGUGAAUGUGUAUCAUUGAAAUGCACAGUUAAAAACCCUCUACAAGAUACCAUUGUAGAUGUAUCUUCAUUUGAUGGGUUUGCCCAAACGUGUGCUAGAAAUUCUUGGCGCAAGUAUCUUUUUUGUCUUUUAUUAUGAAACAUAUUAAAACUCUUGUAACAUCAGGGCCGGAUUAUUAAAUAGGAAACUACCUAAGAGUCCCGCAACUUUACGGAGCCUCGAAUUUCUUUGCAGUACUUUCAGAAUAAUUUCAUUUUGUACUUUCAUUAAGUUUAAAAAGGCAGUAUAUACGAACUAAAAUACGAAUUAAAAUCAAGUAUUUUUAAUACUUAGAAAGCUAUAACAUUCCUUAUUCAUUACCUUUUGUAUAUUUUAUAUAAAAGGAAAUUGAUAAGGAACUGCUGCUAUUGGUCAAUCUUAUUGUGACCCAAUAUUUAUUUUCUAAACUGUUAGAGAUAGAUAAAUAGUUACAAAUGGGAAAAAAAGGCCUUUAGUAAAGAAAAGAAUUAUAUUUAUCUUGUUUAAAUAAAAAAAAAAUUAUCUCAGAAAAAGUAACGAAUUCUAACUUUUUUAACUUAACUAACUAACUUUCUAAAUUCUAACUUAACUAAUGAAUUCUAAUUCUAAGUUCUAGCUUUUUAUACUUUCCCAUAGCCUAUUGGUCAUAUUUAGCAAAAAAUUGGAUACUCUAAAUCAUACGAUAAAAAGAGUCUCAUCAAUUUAUGACUAAAUUUUACCGAACUAUUUAACCUGAAUAUAGGUCGUAAAUUUUAGGAAUGGUUUGAAAAAAUAACACAGCAAUACAUAAUUUCAGUUUGCAAAGAAUCUCUUAUAAGAUAUCCCUCGAGGUUCCAAAUUGAUCUGUAAAAUUCGCUUAAAAAAGUAAUUUUCGAUGUUUCAUAGGUCGGUCAGGUUUAGUCGCAACAGGGAAAAAAAUUAUUUGUUAAAAAUGUUACAGUGUCAAGAAUAUUUUACUUGAUAUGAUUAACAGCUCUGAGGAGACUGUAUAAAGAGUUAGAUUUCAAAACUUAUUGAGAAAGAUAUUUAGUGACAUAAACUACAUAAAAUAUAAUUUCCCCCAUUCUUUAAAGCAUUUUACUAACUGGAACUAUACGUCUAACGGCUUAGAAAUUAGUUAUUGCGUCCUAUGAGAGUGGACAUUUGGGCGGAACGAAAGAAUCAUCUUUACAUUUUCAAUUUGUAAUAGCACGGAAUAGUUGCAUUCUGGUGUAGAUAAAUCAAAUUAUAAAUAUGAAAAAUAUUGGUUUACAUCUUGAGGUGCCGCAAUGAUGUUGAAGUUUCAUAAAAUUGAAAUUUUUUGCUACAUUUUGAAGUUUUUUUAAAAAAUAAUCAGGUUCUGAUUUUUAAUUUGUAAUAGCGCCGAAACAUUGCCUUUUGGUGUAGAUAAGAUAAAUCAAAAAUAUGAAAAAUAUUAUAUUACAUCUUGAGGUGCCGCAAGAACGUUAAAGGUUCAUAAAAAUCAAAAAACGUUUAGUUAUAUUUAAUACUUAUACUUGUAUAAAAGAAAAAAGUACCAGUUGUGGAACAAGAGUUUCUAAAAGAUCAACGCUCUAACAGGAAAACUGUUAUAGGUAAUAUUGAUAUAGCUACAAAACAUGCGCUUUGAGGAAGAAACAAGCAAGAAAAAUUAGGAACUACAGAGAACAGUUAAGUUGAAUCAAGGACAGAUAAAAAACACUAAUGUGUCAGAAAUGGUUACUGGCGACAAUGACAGCGCUGAAAAACAAUAGUGAUCUCUACAAAAACAGGCAAACCAGCGUGAUCCUUCAAUUAUUCAAGAAGAGAUAAAACUAAAGUUUUUUCAAAGAGAAAAACACUCAAAUGUUACCAUCUGUAGCUUCCAUUGCUGACCAUAUCGAAUAUCAGAUAGAACUACUACAGCUAUAUCUAGUGCUGCUUUACAGGACUUGGGUGUGAUCACAAAAGAAAUAGACAGGAUGAAAGUUAGAAAAGCGAUUGAAACCUCCCUUGUUAAAACACUUUUCUAAUGAAUUUCUCAUACAGAAGGUAUCUUAAUCGGAACCAAAUACUGUAGGGGACUCGGUUAUCGACUUUCCGAGGCUUCCUUAUCACAUGCAAAGCAAUGGAAAGAGCUGAGAAAUUGGUAGCCGAAUCGGCUGAAAAUGUCUGUGGUUUAAUCACAAGAGAAGGAUACUUAAGAGCAAAAAUUGAUUCAUUUGUGAAUAUGUCAAAAUUCAAUAUAAAAAAAAUAAUUUAAUGUAGCAAUGGAGUAGAAACAAACAUUUUGCAGCUGUAAAAUUUGCAAUCAUUAAGGAUACAGAAGUAAGAAACACAAAAUUUGAAAUUAAAAAUAUUUAUUAUUUUUAUUAUAUUUUGGAAUAAAUAAUUUUGUUCAAUUGUAAUACUUAUAUAUUUAUUUAAAACCAUCCUUUGUAACAUUAUAUGUAAGAAAAAUUUAUAAAAAAUAUCUUAUCAAAGUUUAUAAUUUUACGAUUCUUUUACAAACUUUUAGCUCUUUCUUGCACCUCAAGAUGAUGUAAUAUUGCAACCAAACUUUUAUUUUAUUUAACAUUUUUUUACCUAAAAGUCAAAUUUUUCCCGCUAUUAAAUCACCAAAACUAAAAUCUAAAAAAUUUUUUUAAAGGCCCCCAAGGUAUAACAUCACUGAGUAAUUCUAAAAAAUAUAUCUUGUUUCAUAAUUUAAAAAAAAAAGAUAUGAUCGUAUAAUUAAAUAAUAUUUAGAUUGUGCUAAAAUUUUUGUCCUUUUUUAUUAUUGUUAUAUAAUUACUUUGUAAUUUGACGUUUUAUACUCAAUAAAUAGAAAUCAACUCUUUAAAAAAUGAUCCCCAGUUUGAUGUUUGCUAUUUCAAUUUGUUCGAAUUUGCUACUUAUAUAAAGAUUAAAUUAAAAUCAAUAAAAAAUUGAAUUUUGGAAAUUGUGAAGGUGAAAAAAGGAAUCUUGCAUUGACUCAGGCCCUUAGAAAACUUAAUCCGGCCCUUGGUAACGUAUCUAAUCCUUGUUUAUUAAAAGGUUGAUAUAUUUAUUACUGUAUGUGUUUAAUGAUUUUGUAUUUUAA